AUGUCAGAAGAACCAGAUGCGCCACUGGUGCCCGAUGAAAAAUCAACUGGGAUUUUGACACAGACGCUUUUUCAUAGCCCAGUGAUUCAGUGGAUCCUCCCGGCGCGCCUGCGGAGCAAGAAGCUGAAUGACGUCGUUUUUGUCGGCCAUCGUCGGGUUCAGAUUAAAGAGGCUACGAACGGCGGCUACCUGGAAGAUGUCAUAGAGAAAACAGACUUCAAUGGCACCAUCCUUUCAGCUAGAGUUCUCGAUAUCGGUACUCCCAUUCCCUGGGAAUCCCAAACGAAGAGUGAGGGCUCUUCCAAGAAAGCUGUUGGCUAUAUGGAUCGUCAAGACAACUUGCCCUCCCAAAUACUCGUCCUUUCUCUCGAUUGCAAGGAACUUCUGUUUCUCUACUGCCCACUUGGCUUUAUUCCAUCGAAGGCUGAAUUUGUGACCUACUGUCGACCUCUGCCAGUCGAUGUCAGCGUAGCAGAACGGUAUGGAAAACAUGUGGCUGUUGAUCCAAAAUCUCGGGCCGUUGCAGUCGGUGCAGCAAGCAACUAUUUCGGAAUCCUCCUUCUCAAGUCACCUGGUGUGAUUGACCAACAAGUCUUCUUGGGCGAGCUAGAUCCCAUCGAGAAGGAAAGCUUUUACAGGAUAGACGGGAAGAUCGUGUUCAUGGAGUUCCUUUUCCCUAAGACGAUUGCCGACGAGAAAAUCAUUUUGCUUCUCAUCGUGGCUAGAGACAACUCUACAUUCGCAGAGAUCUACGAGUGGAAUGAAAAUGAUUCUUCCUCUUUACACAACCCGAAAAAGAUCAGUUUCAAGCUGCACAAGGAAGACAGGUUGCCCAGCACGAUUGUUCCGCUGACCAAAGAGUCCUCUUUUCUGGUGAUUAGCUCUUCCUCUAUGGCGACAAGAUACGGCCCCAUCAUUCCUGAUGGAGAUACCACCAAAGAGGUCGCACUUUGGACUCAUUGGACAAGACCCGCGCGAAACUGGCUGUACAGCCAACAAAAGGACGGUAUCUAUCUCGCUCGCGAAGACGGCUGGAUCCAUCUCCUAGAAUUUGGCAAUGAGGGAGGGCUUGAAUCUGACUGCACUCUGGGCCAAGUGCAUAUUCACGUUGAUACUGGGUUUGCCUUCCUUGACAUGGGACAUGAAGGUGGCGAUUUCAUCUUGGCAUCCGGAAACAUGUCUGAUGGAGGGCUCUUUGAAGUGGAGGCUCGUUGCCCUCCAAGAUGCAUCCAACAAUUUCCCAAUUGGGCUCCAGUGACCGACGCGGUCUUGGUUCACGAUACUAAGAACAAGGUUCAAACCGACGUGCAUCGCAACCGGAUUUUCACUAGCUCUGCUUCUGCUUCAAGCGGAGCACUUCAUGAGAUUCGCUACGGCAUCGAAGCUCAGCUUGGCACAACGACCCCACUGGAGCAAUUUUUCAGUAUCCGAGACAUGUGGGCCAUGAUGGAUGAAGUGAACGACGAGAUUUAUGUCCUGCUUUCGGAUCCACUUUCUUCCUUGCUUCUUUGUAUGAAACCGAAUUUAGAAGAGGGAAUCACAGCUUUACAUGAGGAAGAUACGGGGUUCGAUAACAAUGCGCAAACAUUUGCCGCAGGUUGCACACCCGAGGGCGUGCUCAUCCAGGUCACGGAAAGGACCACGAACCUCUUUGUCCCCGGGAAUACCUCCCUGAAUACCAAAAUUCCUCACGGUGCCGAUAAUACGAUCGCUGCUGUCGUCGUGGAUGGCCCAAGUUCAUCAAUGGUUACUUCUGUGCGGCGUCAAAAUACGCUGGGCCUAUACUUCAGCCAGCUAGUCGUCACAGAGGGCAUGGCUCACCUCGACACUGGCCCAGCAUGUGGAAUUGACAGAGAGCCAAUCUGCUUGUCAUUCUUUCGAUUUGAAGCCGCGAGUAAAUCCAUGUUCAUUUUCAUGGGCACGGGAGACGGAACGGUGGUUGUCUUCAAGGUUGAGGAUGGAAUAAUCUCGCACAUGUGGGACUGCCAGGUAUCCAUUGACCGCAGUGAGGAUAUUUCCAAUGCCAUCGAGAGCUUGGCAACGAUCCAGGUGUCCUGGGAGGGUAUACCACGCGCAUUUUUGCUUUGUGGUCUUCGAAGUGGCAUACUUGUCCCGUUCCAGAUCGGGUUUGCAAACGGUGCCCUCAAUGGCUUCACUCAACAAAAACCAUGGCAUAUCGGGAGAACUUCUCUACGACUUCAAAGCCAAGGUUCCUUUGCGCUUUUUACCUGCGGAGAUGAACUCUGGAGGGUGUCAUACAGCCCAAAUUUGCCAGGAGAGUGCCUUUUGUGGCGAGUUUGGAUCACGGACCAGAACAAUCCUGCGUAUUUCCCUGUCACGUUCCAUGGCUUCGGCCUGGUCAAUCAACGUGACCAGGAAUUGGACAGCAUCAUAGGAACUUUGUACUGUUUUGCCGAUGGGGAGCUUCUCAUAUGCUCACUGAAUCAGGAAGCCAAGAUGGUCCCCCGGAGAAUCGGUUUGCCAGGCAACCCUGUCAAGGUGGUGUUUUCGGAACACCUCAACCGCCUUCUUGUAUCCUAUAACGUCACAAAGAUCGAACCCCUGUACUCUCCUCUUGAGUUGAUCACACGCUCGCAUAUCGAGUUCGUGGACCCAGACUUGCAGAGUGAUGUCAACCCAACCGAAGAACAACUGCGGAAAUGCCAUGGCGCCGCUGGAGAAAUCAUUACCUGUAUUCUGGAUUGGGUCUUUGAGCGAAAUGGAGACAAGUAUCAUCUCAUCGUCCUCGGAACUUCGCUCGCAGCCCUAAACAAUGAUGAGCGUUCCAAGGGCCGGGUCAUUAUUCUCAGGGCAAGCGCAUCGCCAUCCGACCCUGCAAGGAUUGAGUGUGCUACAAAGCAUGUGCACGACAUGCCAGGGCCGGUGCGUGCAAUCGCACCGUACGGGGAUAGUCUGAUUAUUGGUGCAGGAAAGGAAUUAAUACCAAUGAGCUCCAAAGGCGCUACUAUCAGAUGGGCUCAGAACGCUGGGCAAACAACCUCAUCCCCGGUCGUUUCCAUCUCGGUAUAUGAAUCUUUCAUCAACGUCACCACUGCGCGCAAUGGGUUCCAGAGGUUUGAAGUGAAGGACGGAUGCUUGCACCCCUAUUCCUGGGAUGUGAUACCCAUCGCUGGAAUGGCUCAUCAAAUCUGCCGUGGGGAGAAGACUCUCGUGUUCCUGAGCAGCCGCGGCGGGCGCAUUCGAGCACCUGUGCUAUCGCCUGAUACUAGGGUAUACGGGGUGACAUUACGAACUGCCAAUAACAUUCUCCCUGAUUCCAUUCAUAGGUUUUUGCUAGACCGGGAGGGCCCAUCUCACGAACAAGUUCUCACACGUGUGUCUGGUUGGUCGAGGGGAGGCGCCCUCUAUGGAUUCGCCUUAAGUGGCGCUCUUUACCGCUUCAAAUUGGUUGGGAAGGAAGAAUUUUCUUUGCUCUGGCUGUUACAAGUUAUUUGCCUUCGGGGCGAGAUCGGUCAAUAUGCCAACUCCAGCUCUCGUCGACGACGCUUGCGUUCCUGGAGAGAACCCGAGGAAGACAAUAGUCAGAUCGAUGGUGAUGUCCUGAACCGCCUAGCUAAGCGCGGCACAGAGGCCUUUGAAAGGCUGAUCUCUUCACUCGAUCUUACCACAGAAGAUUCUGAAUCAUCAUUCAGUUAUCGGCUGAAGGAGCUGGCAUUCUCGGUGUUGGAGGUUGAUGACAAGGAGUAUCUGAAGUGCAUCAUGGCGUGGCUGCAGCGACUCCUUCAUAUUACAAUCUGA